AUGGCGCAGCGAGCUCUUGGAAGGAAGCUGCACCGCGUAUUGACGGCCGGGCUCAUUGCGCUGCUGGUAAUGAAUGCAGUCCAGAUCAACCAACGGACAUGCAAACUUGCUGACUGCCGGCAACAGAUAUAUGAGAUGAAAGAAGAUCGCCAGUUGACAGAGAGAGAAUUUUUACCAUGCAACUCAUCUCGUUUCAUUUCAAGUCAUAAAGAAGCAGAAAACGAGAGACCCGUGAAUGUCCUGCUGUUGAGUUCCAUGGGUCGAAGCGGGUCUAGCUUCCUCGGGGCUCUCCUCAGUAGCCUUCCCGGAAGUUUUUACUUUUACGAGCCUUUGCGUCGGCUUGAGCAGUGGAAGCUUUUGACGGAGGAGAUUGGAGUGAAAAGCCUGAAGGCGGUUUUCACGUGCAACCUCACAGAACCGGUUCGAAGCGCCCUGACCGCCAGGAACAGUCGCAAGAUUUCCCUGCAGGAUGCCCGCUUGUGUUCCUCACCCAACGCCUGUUUCUCCGCCAAUGCUGUUGAAGCGGCGUGUCGUAGAAAACGCUUUCGCGUCGUGAAGACCAUCCGCUCGAGGGUGUCGUGGCUCCCGGAACUGCUGAAGGACGCCGAAGUCAACCUGAGGGUGAUCCAUCUCGUGCGUGACCCUCGAGGCUCUAUCACAUCCGGCAGGAAGGCUGGUUGGUUCACGGCCGAGCCGGAGACAUACUGCGAGCGGCUCCACGCAGACAUUCGCGAUGGCUUGCAGGUGCUGAGGCAGUUCCCCGAAAAAUACAUGACCUUGCGGUACGAAGACCUGUGCGCGGACCCCCUCGGGUUGCUCGAGGUUAUCGCCAUGUUCUUGGGUUACCAUAAGGUGCCUCCCAAAACACUAAGGUACCUCCUUGCUACAACGACAUCGUCCGGCCAAGAAUGGAUUUAUGGCAUUAAGAGGAACACUUAUAAUCAACAACAGAAAUGGCGUUCGGCAAUCAAUGAAACAGAAAUUUUAAACAUUGAGAAAGUUUGUGCUUCUUGUAUCAGCGAAAUUGGGUUUAACUUAUUCGGUAACUUGUCCAAUGCAAGGGACUUAUCGCUGCCUCUCUAUAAUGAAACUUCACCCACAAGUUUAUUUACGUAUAAAAGAUGUGUCAACGUCAUUAAUUAG